GGCUCAAAAUCAUCGUAUUUGGAGGAUAAUUAUCGUGCAUCUGGCAACACUGAAAAGGCGGUUUACGCGCAAGAAGGUGGAACGAAAGGGAGAUACUCUUCCAAAACGUGUAAGGCCGGGCGUAAUAAUUAGUUUGUGAAAGACCCAGAGAAACACAAAUAUCCGACGAGGCAAAAUCCCGGACGAUUUUGGAAUCUCUGCCGGACGCAUUUUUAAGCUCUCAAAAAGAGGAUGUCUGGUCACCCUAGAUUUAAGGGUUUUUGUGAUUUCAAGUUGGGAUAGCUAGCUAGCUAGCUUGCAAAGCAGUUGGUCUCAUAAAAACAUGGUUUUGUCUGCCAACCUAAACGAAUAUGCUGCAAGAUAUAAACAAAAUGUAUAAGAAAACAUCUAGACAAAAUUAAAAGAUGACCUGACUCCAUCAGUGCUGAAUGUGAAUUCUUUCGAGGGUGAAAGAUGGGCACCUUCGGAAGCCGUUUCCAGGAUUCUUCCCAGGGACCGGAGGAGGUGGUAGAAGGGGCUGGUAUCAGCCACAAGCACGGGUGUGACUGCAAGAAGAGGAAGAGGAGCGCACACUGCGACUGCGACAGCGAGCCCGAGGAGGAGGAUUCCCUUCUAGACACACCACGCAGGAAGAAAUUGAAAAGCACCUCAAAGUACAUCUACCAGACCUUGUUCCUGAAUGGAGAGAACAGUGAUAUUCGUAUCUGCGCCCUCGGGCAGGAGUGGAACCUGCACAAAGUAUAUCUCUGUCAGUCAGGCUAUUUCUCCAGCAUGUUUAGUGGCUCGUGGAAGGAGUCCAACAUGAUGGUCAUAGAGCUGGAAAUCCCAGACCAGAACAUUGACACAGAAGCUCUGCAGGUGGUGUUUGGGUCUUUGUAUAGGGACGACGUGCUUAUCAAACCCAGUAGGGUCGUUAGUAUCCUUGCAGCUGCUUGUAUGCUCCAGCUGGACGGUCUUAUUCAGCAGUGUGGUGAGACCAUGAAGGAAAAUGUCAAUGUUAAGACUGUGUGUGGUUACUACUCUUCUGCCAGUAUCUACGGACUAGACUCAGUAAUGAAGAAGUGUCUGGAAUGGCUCCUCAACAACCUAAUGACGCACCAGAAUGUUGACCUUAUGAAGGAACUUGGGGUGGAGGUUAUGGAGCAACUGAUCCAGUCAUCUGACCUGUUUGUCAUGCAGGUGGAGAUGGAUGUCUACACAGCCUUAAAAAAGUGGAUGUUUCUGCAGAUGAAUCCCUCCUGGGACGGUCCCAUCAAGCAGCUUUUGGCUGAUGCCGACUCCUGCCUGUGUAAACGCAGGACAGAGCUUGCUGAGGAGGAGCCUUUCUUGAAGACAGAGGAAGGAUCUCUCUUCGUCCCAGUCUUCAAACACGUCCGCCUGCAGUACAUCAUCAACGACCUGGCCUCAGCGCGCAUCCUGGAGAGAGAUAACAUCUUGCCUCCUGAAUGGCUAACCUAUGUGUACAAGAACCAAUGGUUUGCAAUGCUCAGGACAGAACACGACAACGACAAUGGUCCCCAGGAGGCCAAUAAGGAGGAAUUUGAGGUUAACAGCAUGAGGUGUGGCAGGAAACUGAGUAAAGAUGGAGAUUACUGUUGGCGUUGGACAGGAUUCAACUUUGGCUUUGACCUGCUGGUGACCUACACAAACCGCUUCAUCGUGUUUAAGAGGAACACACUCAGCCAACCUUGUGGGGGUGCUGUGAGUCUGCAGCCUCGCAGGCAUUUGGCGUACAGGUUACGCCUGGCUUCUUUUGAUAGCAGUGGUAAGCUGGUUUGCAGCAGAUCUACAGGUUACCAGCUUCUCACUCUGGAGAAAGACCAAGAGUAUGUGGUAAUGAAUCUGGACAGCAGGCUACUAUCUUUCCCCCUCUAUGUGUGCUGUAACUUCCUGUACACCUCGACACAGUCAGACAGACGGCCCAACAGCCCAGAGCCAGAGUGCAGUGCUCGCAGUGUUUUGUGAUACUUGGGACACAUCCCCUAAACCACAGUGUGCAGGCAAUGGCCACUUACUGUCAUAGCUGUAUGAUCCCUCACCUUGACUUCUGAUGUCUGCAUGCUCUAGAGCCUGGCCUGGGAGUUAUUUUAUGAUCGUAUUAAUCUUUCUGUAGCUUUCUUUUUUUUAAUCAAAUGUUCUUACUUUUAUGUUAAACUUUUUCAUUCCUUUUGACAUCUCAUUUAGUAUUGUUUAUUUUUAAAUAUUGUAUGAAAGAAAACAUUAGGAAAAACCUUCAACAUCCCACACAUUAUCCGCUCCUGAGGACAGUGGUACUAUUAGAAUUGUGUAAUUAUACAAACAGGGGACUCAAAGGGAAACAAACCUCUAUUUUUGUACAUCCAUAACUGUCUUUAAUCCUCUUUACUUACUCUUAGCUUAUGAACAAUUUGUUCAAAGUGUUUUAAUUUAAUUUGAAUAACUAAAUGCUAGGAUAAGUGCACUGUGUGGGAAAGUAUUUAUCUGGACCAAAGUGAAAUAGCAGUAAUCCCUUUACUACUCCUUCAAUGACCUAGAUUUAGUCACUGGUGUCUACAGAUGAUCCAGAUCAUUACAUUUGUCAUUGCAAUAUUUUUUGUUUAGAUGUACCCUCAUUCAAAUGCAAAAAAAAGUGUACCAUUGUAUGUACCUGCACAUGUACUUUGGACAGAUCAUAUGUCCGUGCUGACAUACUGUAUGUGACUGUUGAACAUGCCUAUUGUUAAUAAAACUCAAGAGGAGGAAAUGG